UGUAACUAUGGACGCAAGCAUUUUAUAACUUGAUUUUGAACUUGUUUAAGUUGAGUUUAUAAUUCGUCUUCAUGUUGAUUCUAUGCCACAAUUAUUUUCGCGUCACCCAAAAUAAUAAAAAUGAUAACGAGGACAUUCAGCAUUUCAGUAGGAAGAAGUUUGUGUUUGGAUUGUUCAUCCUGUUGUUGGUUGAUGUAUUGUGGGUGGUGUCAUCCGAGCUGACAAAGGUAAACCUACAAUUGUUAGAACCCAAUGCUGAGGCAGAUGAGGAUAACUUUUUUAAUGAAUCAAACAAUAGUUUGGGAGACUCAACAUUUGUGCCUGUCCGUGCUGGAGAGACAACAGACAGUGACGAUGCUACUCCUCGCGCAGUGCGCUUCAACAAAGUGGCUGAGGUACGGGUGAUGUCCGCGGCGAUGGCGGGCGAGGCGUUGCUGGCGCGGCUGUCGUGGGCCGCGUCGCUCCGCGCCAGCGAGUUCGCGCAGCGCCGCGCCGCCGCCGCCGCCACGCGCCGCCACCUGCGCAUGGCGCUCGUGUUCACAGUGCCGUGGUUCAUCUCCAACUACCUGUAUCGACUGAGCCUGCGCAGCGCGCGCACGGGCUCGGCGACGCUGCUGGCGUCGGCGGCGGGCGCCCUGGCGCUCGCGCUGGGCGCGCUGCUGCGGCCCGCGCCCGCCGACCGCUUCACGCUGUCGCGGCUGGCCGGUGUGCUGCUCACGGCGGCCGGACUGGUGGUGGUCGGCGUUUGGGAGCAGGCGGACUGGGCGGGCGUGCUGGCGGCCCUGGGGGCCGCUCUAACGUACGCAGUACAUCUUCUGCUGUUCCGGCUUGAGAUGCGCAAAGGAGACGGCAUCAACUCGCCUCUGCUCGUGGGUCUGGUGGGCUGCGCGUGCGGACUCGGCGGCUGGGCGCUGGGCGGCGCGCUGGCGGCGAGCGGCGCGGAGCGGCUCGCGCUGCCCGCCGCGCCCGCCGCGUCGUGGCUGCUGCUCGACGCGCUGCUCGGCCCGCUGCUGCUCGAGUCGCUGUGGCUCUGGGGCCGGUCGCUGACGUCGUCGCACGUGGCGACGAUGGCGCUGUCGCUGACGCUGCCGCUGGGCGCGGGCUGGGACGCGCUGCGCGCGGGCGGCGCGUGGCGCGCGGCGGCCGGGCUGCUGGCGGGCGCGGGCUGGCUGCUGGCCGCCGCCGACCCCGACGUCGGAGCCGAGCCCGCCUCCGUCUGGCUGCGCGAGAGACUGCGGACGGACGGCUUCGAGGUAAUACGCAACAUCCCGGACCUGGACGAGCAGUCCGAGGCGCUGAUGGCGGCGGACGAGCCGACGUAGCGGCCCGGCGCCGACUCCUUGCUGCGUCUAGUCUGAGCCUCCGCACGCUGCACGCAGUGCACUCGCAUCGCUGGUACCGUACUCGCGUACAGCCUGGCAAAAAAACAGUACAAAAUAAUAGGGGCGCCACCGUCUAUGUAAAUCGUCUUGCAUUUGGCAACUAUUUCGACAGAUUUUGACACUUUUCAAUGAGAAUAGUUAAGUGUUGCUAUGAUAAAAAAAAUUGUUCCAUUUCUUCUCUUUUUUGCCAAGCUGUACCUUCAUAUACUGGUUACUGUUCCGAUGACGUUUAAAUCAAAUAGUCCACAAUAAGGAUUUUAAGAAUGAAGGAUACCGUACAUUGUGACUCUACCUUUAUUAUAACACGCGAUAUUAAUUUAAGUAUUUAUGGACUUUAUGGUUCCCCCAAUCGUUAUGACGGUCAAUGACACUGUGUGAGCGGGUGAGCAAUAUAAUUAUCGUUGUGUGGUAGAAAUAGGUAAAGGCAAAUAUACGAAAUUGUUCAUGCUUAGAAGUCUUAUUCUAGUGUUAGUCCAAACAAUGAAACUAUCAAAUCAUUUAACUAAAAAAAUAGUCGAUAAUGAUCUAUGAAUGUCUUUGUGACAAAAUAAGGUCACAUCACAAAAUAUCUGUACAUUUUAAUAUGCAAUCAAUUACUUGUCUACAAUUAGAGUUAUAUUAUAAUUAUUUUAUACCCUUCGUGUUUAUAGUGAGUAACAUUCCAUUUUAUUCAUGGUAACUCGAAAAAGCAUAACUGACUAUUUUCAAAAGGGCUUAGUUUAUAUGGUUUUCAUAGACAAAUCCCUUUUGAAAAGACACCUGUAACUAUAAUAUCAGCCACGCUCAGGAAACUGUGAGAGAGCCAAUGCAAAGCGCGGAACACGGCCACGCAGCGAUUCUCACUACUACCACUACUAGUACCACUAUUCACAACUCAGCAUUUAUACAUAGACUUAGACAUUUCGAAUGCAUGUUAACCAUAGCUUAAACAUUCCACAUAGUUGUUGUUAUUUAUUACUUUAGAUAUACCACUAUGACCGAGUGAAAUAAUUCUGUAUAGUUGACUUAAGUAUAUUUAACUUAAGAAUGUUUUAUAGUGUCUUCUGUAUUCGUCGACGUUUUUGUAUCACGUGUGUGAUUUUAUGUUAGCACUAGCGUCAUUGCUUUAACUCUUAAAUUAAGCCGCAUUUAAACAGUGAGAUUCAAUAUUUGGUAUACUGCUCCCUGCAGAGUGCUAUAAAUUAAUAGAUCGACCAAAUGCCGCAAUAUAGCGAAAAACGCAUGCAAGCAAGAACCGUUUAAAUGCAGCUUUGUAUGUCUUAUUGGGUUUUCGAUAAAGAUAAUGUAAAUAAUGUAUUUAUAGUUUGUGCACGUGACGUUAUGAAAUGUGAUACCAUAAUGGACUUAAGCUUAACUUCCUUCACGAGUGACAAUAUUCUCUUAUAUUAUCUCUGUGCCUUUAUUUGUAUUUAAUCUAGGCUCGUUUCUAGGGCAGUCAACAGGCAAUACACUCUUUUAUUUGAUCUGAGAUCUCAAUAAUUUUUAACUUCAAUACCUUUUGGAUCAGAUCAUUUUGGGUAUUUUUCUUUUAACACUAAGCGGUCACGAUUACAAAUUCUUUAUAGAUGUAUUUAGUCGCGCAAUAUUUCAAUGUGAUUUUAAUUACUUUUGUAUAAUUAAUUAAUUAACCAAUCAUUUGACGCUUUUAAACGAAACGCUUUUGUUGUUUGGUCGUUUUUUUAUGAAAUUAAGUAUUUUUCAUAUAGUCUGUAGUUUAUAUACAGGGUGAUUCAUGAGUCGUGAGCAGGAGUGAACAGGGUACUGGGGAGGGUCACACUGAGCAACUUUCAUAAUG